AUGAAUCCAGUGUGGAAAGUUUACAAGAGCAAAGUGCUGAAGACUUUCAACCCUGAGUAUGAGGAGGACGCGGCUGAAGAGGUCACAGAGGUGGAGAAUGACUUAGGACCUGUCCAGGAGGAUGAGGGACCCAACGCUGUUUCCCAGCUUGCAAAGAAAAUGCAGGGGGCCGGGACUAAAAGCUGGAACAGGUUUUCAACUCUAUUCAACAAAGAGGAUGAACACCAGCUUCUGGAGGAGACGGAGAGCCCGCCAGUCCCCGACCAUCCACUUGCAAUCAGGCCGGAGGAGCCUCCUCGCCCCACAAAGCGCUCGGCAUUCUGGGAUAGCUUUGCCUCCAACUGGGCUGCCAAGAAGCAGGCGGAGGCUGCUGCCGCGGCCGCUGCCAAUGAGACAGCAGCAGCUCAGGGUGAGGAGGGGGUGACCGAGGCCGGAGGAGAGGUCAGCCAGGAUGGGCAGAUCCCUCAGGGAGAGGAGAGCGAAGAGGGAGUAGGAGGAGAAGAAGGAGGGAGGAGCGGCAACAGCUUCUCCAAAUACGUGUCGCUCGGAGGAGGGAGCGAGGACGCAUCCUUCAAGUGGAACUUUGUCACCAGCAAACUGGCAGAGAUGAAGACCAAGAGCAACUAGCUGCUCCUGGUGAAGGAAUCUGGAGAGUAUAAACAAUAUGAUGAAGGGUUUAUAUGUAGGAGUAUAGAGGAAGUUUAGGGGGAGGCUAUAUUUUACACAGGAUGUCCUGUAACUAACUGUACAGCUAUUGUAAAAGUCCCUUUCAUUCUGAGCUUUUGAAUGAUACACCGUCUCCUAACCACAU